GGGACUUGGAUUCUUGACCCUUUCAGCUGUGCUACCUUCUUCUGACUGCCAAUCUGUCACCAAUAUCAGGGCAUGUUCUACUCAAUUCCAAAUUAUCUUCUUUUUCUUCUCAUUGUAUCUAGUAGCAGCCGCACAAGGGGGGCACAAGCCUUGUGUUCAGGCUUUUGGAGCUGAUCAGUUUGAUGAGCAAGAUCCAGAAGAGUGCAAAGCCAAAAGUUCAUUCUUCAACUGGUGGUAUUUUGGUAUAUGUGGAGGUACUAUGAUAUCACUUUGGAUUUUAAACUACAUUCAGGACAACCUCAGUUGGGGUCUUGGGUUCGGAAUCCCCUGCAUUGUUAUGGGCCUUGCACUGGUCAUAUUCUUGCUUGGAACUACUACUUAUCGGUUUAGCAUCAAAGGUGACGAGAAAAGCCCAUUUAUUAGAAUUGGCCAGGUGUUUGUAAAAGCAGCUAGGAAUUGGCAAACUACCACUUCAGCCAUAUCCAUUGAGGAGGAAGCUCGGGGAACCCUUCCUCACCAAGGUUCUCAACAGUUCAAGUUUCUUAACAAAGCUUUGCUUGCACCGGAUGGUUCAAAGGAAGAUGGGAAGGUAUGUAGCAUCAGUGAAGUUGAAGAGGCAAAGGCAAUUCUGAGGCUGUUUCCAAUAUGGGUGACAUGUUUAGCAUAUGCCAUUGUCUUUGCACAGUCGUCAACAUUAUAUACCAAGCAAGGAGUUACAAUGGAUAGAUCCAUCGGUUCAGGCUUUGAAGUACCUGCUGCUUCACUACAAUCUUUUAUCAGCAUGUCCAUUGUUAUCUUCAUUCCCAUCUACGACCGCAUUUUAGUUCCUAUUGCAAGAGCUAUGACUGGGAAACCCUCAGGCAUAACAAUGCUUCAAAGAAUUGGGAUGGGGUUGUUUUUAUCUAUCCUUUCAAUGGUGAUUGCAGCUCUAGUUGAGAGGGAACGCCUCCAAAUUGCUCUAGAAUAUGGGUUGAUUGAUAUGCCUGAGGCAACAGUCCCGAUGAGCGUAUGGUGGUUGCUUCCUCAGUAUUUAUUGUUUGGAAUUGCUGAUGUAUUCACCAUGGUUGGUCUGCAAGAGUUUUUCUAUGAUCAGGUUCCAAGUGAAUUGAAAAGUAUAGGUCUUGCUCUCUACCUCAGUAUCUUUGGCAUAGGAAGCUUCUUGAGUAGCUUUCUCAUCUCUGUCAUCGAGAAAGCAACGAGCGGAGAUGGUCAAGAUGGUUGGAUUUCAGAUAACUUGAAUCGGGCACAUUUUGAUUAUUUCUAUUGGCUACUUGCAGGAAUUAGUGCAGUGGCUUUGGUGACAUACUGGUAUUUCGCAAAAUCUUAUAUUUACCGUCACAUAAGUACUAUGUGAGUGUUCUAAAUCAUAACUUUCAGUAUGCCCCACUGUAGCCAUUAAGCUAUGUAUAGGAUGUGAAAUAUGUCUGAAAGAACAGGUGAAAUUGAAUCGUUAUUGUUCAUUAAUGUUGUUUCUGUGUAAUUGAAAUGUUCUUUCAGAGUUAAUCUAGAGAGGCUUAAAAGAAGAAAAAAUAAACUAAUUGGA